AGAACUUUCACUUCUGUAUCGAAGGUUUUAUAUCACUAACAGCCAAGAAGAAGGAAGUACACGAUGGAUAAUGCAAUGUUUAAGAUCUUCCUAGCUUUCUGUUUAGCUGUACUAUUAUGUCAGACCCAAGUAUCUGGAUCAGAGCUAGGAGCACAAUGUACUAAUAACACUAACUGCACAGUAGAGAAUAGUGAAUGUGUAGGUGAUCCAAAGAAAUGUCAAUGUCAAGAUGGUUUCUAUCAAGAAAAUUCAACAAGCUGCCAACCAAAAAAAGGCUUAGGUGAGGGAUGUAGUAAUACAACAGAAUGCUUAAAUGACAAUGCAGAAUGUAGUGGUGAUAAAUGUACCUGCGUUGAGAACUUUUAUAAGAAUGGAACAGCUUGUUUGCAAA